AUGGCAGGCGACGAGUACAAGGUGGGCAGCAUCGCCGCGUCCUUCGGCGCCGAGACGACCGGGAAGAAGGCCAAGAAGGCGGCGGCGCCAGCGGUGGCGCCGACGAACGCGCUCGCGUCCUUCUUCAGCACGAGCGAGAAGCUCUUCGCCAAGAAGCCCGAGCCGAAGAUCGUCGCGCCUGUCGUGGUCCCGGUCGUCAAGGCGGCCAAGGCACAGGAGACGGUCGACGCGCCUAAGGCGCCCAAGGUCGUGCUCUUUGACGGCGAAGGCCCGAAGAAGGUCAAGAAGCCCAAGCACUCCAAGGUCAAGCCGGAAGCCAAGGUCGAGGCCGCGCCCAAGGAAGAGGAGGACGACGAGAAGGCGCCGCGCACGAUCUUUGUCGGCAACGUCUCGCUCGAAGCGACGGCCGAAGAGCUCAAGAAGUUCUUUUCGUCCUGCGGCAAGGUCGAGUCGGCGCGUCUCCGAUCCGUGCCCGUCGCGGGCUGCGCCAUCGACCAGCACGGCAAGCAGAACCUCGUCAAGAAGGUGUGUGCCAACAAGAAGCUCUUCGUCGAGGGCCGUGACAACUGCAACGCCUACGUCGUGUUUGCGUCCGAAGACAGCAUCGCGGCCGCCCUCGCGCUCAACGGCGCGGAGUUCCACGAGAAGAAGAUCCGCGUCGACCGCAAGGUGCUCACGACGGACCCGAAGCGCACGGUGUUUGUCGGCAACAUGGCGUUCGCGGCGACAGAGGACGAGAUCCGCAACCACUUCGAGUCCAACUUGGAGAAGGACGACGAAGACGAAGGCUCGGCGCUCGUCGAGUCGGUGCGCAUCAUCCGCGACAAGGACACCCACCUCGGCAAAGGCUUUGGCUACGUCCUCCUCAAGGACGUGACGACAGCCGCGAAGGCGCUCAAGCUCGACGGUUCCAAGAUCGGCAAGCGCGAGCUCCGCGUCUCGGUCUGCGGCAAGCGCUUCAAGACCACGGCCACCGACAAGACGGCUCGGCCGUUCGAGGGCCGCCGUGCCAAGCCCGCGCCCGGCGCCCAGAUGCGCGUCAUGAAGAAGCGCAAGCUGGACGGCGACAACGGCAAGCCGGCCUUUGUCAAGAAGCCCAAGUUUGACGGCAAACAGGCGGACGGCAAGAAGCCUGCGUUCAAGAAGACGGACGGCAAGAAGCCGUUCGAGAAGAAGCCGUUUGGCAAGUCCAAGCCGGUCGGGAAGAAGGGCGACAAGAAGUUUGCCAAGGGCGAUAAGAAGACGUUUGAGAAGCCGAAGAAGCCCAAGCACGCGGCACGGAAGGCUCGUCAGGCGCUUGAGGCGCAAAUGGCCACCGGCAAGUAA